AUGUUUGCCAUAUUUUUAUUCACUUUACUCGUCUUUUCCAAAACACCGGUGAUCAAAAUGUUCAACCUCGAUAUAAUUUCUCCUGAUUUUCGUACAGGCCCAUCAGGUUCUCUGUUUGGUUUUGCUGUUGUAUCAUCGUCAGCUAAACAGCAGUGGUUUUAUGUCGGUGCACCUCAAGCACUACUCACUCGACAACGAUCAACUUCAAUCACAGACAAUAGUACCAAUACGGUAUCAAAAGGUCGUUUAUUUGGAAAUAUUUUCGAAUGUCGUAAUGGAACUAAUGAAUGUCGCGCCAUACUCAGUGAAGAUGAUUUGUCGCAAUCAAUGCCGUCGUUUCAUAAUGUACUCGAUGACGCUUGGCUUGGUUCAUCAGUCAUUGCGACGUCCAAUGAUUCACUCGUCGCAUGCGGAUAUCGUCUAAUGCGUAAUAUCAGUAUAGAUCGAUAUGAUAGUCGUGGUGGAUGUUUCAAAAUUGCCGCAGAUCGUCGUGAUAUAUCCUACUAUGAUUUUUGUGAACAAAGCUCAGAAACCGAACUACUGCAUGAAGGAAGCGCUCUUUGUCAAAGUGGUCUAAGUCUAGCUUAUAUGCCGGCUGGAGGAGGACGAUCGGAUAUUAUUGCAUUUGGUGAACCUGGAGCUUUUCAAUGGUCUGGUCGUAUUGAAGCUGAUUAUUCUGAUACACUUCUUCGACAAUUAUACGUUUUCAAAUCGACUUCCUCAACCCCACUACCCUAUAGUUAUCUUGGUUAUUCGGUAUUAAUUAUCAAAACUAAAAGUCGGGACACGAAUGAUCGAUCAUAUAUUUUUAUCGCAUCGGCACCACGUGCUUCCAAUGGUCGAGGAGAGAUUCGGUUUUUUACAAAACGUUUUGUUUCAUCGAAUACAUUUGGUUAUGACACAUUGCAACCGAUCUUUCAUAUGAAUAAUAAUCGAUCUGUACCAUUAAUGUUAGUUGGCGAACAAACUGGAAGUUAUUUCGGACAUACAUUGACUGCUGGAGAUUUAAAUGGCGAUGGACAUACAGAUCUUGUUGUUAGUGCACCGUUUUUUUAUUCAAAGAAACCUUCGUAUGGCGGUGCUGUUUAUAUCUAUUAUGGACUAAAUGGAAGGUUUUCCGACGAACGACGCGAGAUAUUGCAGGGACCAGCAGCCGAAUCACGUUUUGGUUUUGCUGUUGUUUGUAUACCUGAUCUAAACAAAGACGGAAUCGAUGAUCUGGCUAUUUCAGCACCAAGUGAAAAAGAUGAUGUUCAUACCGGAAGUGUCUAUAUCUAUCUCGGUUCUCGAACAAAUAAACUAAUGAAAUUCACACAAAAAAUUGUUCCAAGUCAAUUAUUAUUGAAUACUAAGCAAACAGUCAAUAUCAGUGAUUUUGGUUUUUCAUUAUCUACGCAAUCUCCAUUCAAUUCUCCACUUUCGUUCUCAUCUUCAUUAUCAACAUCGUCCAAUUCUACCGUAUUGAUCGAAUAUCCUUCAUUGAUUAUUGGUGUUCCGAAAGCGGAUAUGGUUUAUAAUUUAAGGUCUCAUCCGUUAGUCAAUGUGAAUGUUCAAAUUGAAAAUAUGAAAGAACUACAAGCGAUUCGCUAUAGUACUGAAGAUCGCCAUUGUAAAUCGAUCGAUGGAACACCAGUUGUUUGUUUUAGUGUUCAGAUAUGCGUGGAAUCCAAAGAUAAAUUAGCACAAAAUUUAAUGAUUAUUUACACGUUAACUGCAGAUACUUUGUUCACGAUUGGUCGAAUCCUAUCGAAUAUCAAUCAUUUACCAAGUGUAACAGCCAAGCAACUUGUAAAUACAUGUGAAAAUCAAACAUUCUUUGCAAAGAGCGGAAAUGAUGAUUUCUUAACGCCAAUUCAUUUUUCAUUGGUUUAUAACGUUUCACAAGAUCGAAAUGAACUUCGAUCGAAAACAUUUCUUGCUGAUGUCGCUCUUCCGAUGAUUAAUGGAACUGAAGAUGAACGAACGAAGAAAUUUCAAGCGAAUUUUUAUAAAGGAUGUGGCAAUAAUGAUCAAUGUAUAACUGAUCUUCAAUUAACUGCAGAAUUCGUCAAUGGGCAAAAUAUCAUUUCUCACCAGGACUCCACAUCGAAUCUUCCGGUACUCGGUUUUGAUUCCGAAAUUCGCAUCCGACUUGUUCUCGCCAAUGUGCCAGCCGAGCCCAACCGUCGACAAGCAGAUCCAGCAUUUGGAACGAAAAUUGAUGUAUACUUCCCAGCAUUCUUCGUACAGUUUUCACAGGCUAUUAUGGAGGAUAAAAGUUAUUCGUGUCAACCGAUACUUGGCAAUCACGUUCGAUGUAAAAUGACCGAUUUCUUCAACAGACCAUUUCCACCAGAAAAGAUUUCGAUUAUUGAACUUAUUUUUACAUUAUCAAAUGUUUCAUUGAGUAAUAUUUUACGAUUUGAUUUUCAUUCGACAACAUUAACAAAUGAAACGAAUUUGGAAAAUAAUAAUGUUGCAUUAACAGCCAAAGUUUUGUUGAAAACUGACUUGAGUCUACGUGCAGGACAUGAACCAGAGCAGAUUUCCUUAACAGGCGAUGGAGCACUCGGAUUAAGUUCAGUGAAAACUAUUGAACAAUUCGGAAUGGAAGUAACACAUGUUUACACAAUCAUAAACAGUGGCCCAAAUAGCGUUCGUUCGCAUAAUGUAACUAUCUAUUGGCCAUAUGAAACAUUAGAUGAACAGUGGGAACAUGGAAAACUUUUACUUUAUCUCGUUGACGAGCCCAUUCUGGAAGUCUCUUCAAGUCUAUCGAGUAGUGGAACGAAAAUCGAUGGACAUUGCGAACGUUUGGCACAAUGGCGUGAUCAUAUUCAUAUACUUGAUUCACUCAAUCGAACGUCAAUGACUAAUCGAAAACGUCGUGAUGAGCAAAAUUCAGAAAACGGAAUGGACUCCAAAGCUUCAUUAGCGACAACAAUUACAUCACCCAUCUCAUCCAUUACGCGUUCGUUAACAUUGUCCUGCGAUCCAAACUAUCAAAACGUUCGUUGUUAUCCAAUCUAUUGCCAUAUUAAAAGCCUUUCGGCACAAAACUAUUAUUUCAUUAAACUUCGCGCUCGAUUAUGGAACAGUACACUAAUCGAAGAAUAUAUCGAUAAAUACGAUCGAGUUGACAUACAAUCAUUUGCAUUAAUACAUAUUAAUGAUCUACUUAUACAUCAAACAUCAACGGACAAUGACAAUGCUUCUGCAACAACACCGGUUGAGUUUGCGAAUCGAUCGGAUAAAAUCAUUGUACCGCGAUUGCCACUUUGGGUACCACUAGUCGGAGCUAUGGCUGGUCUUAUUCUUCUCGUUUUCAUCGUCAUUGUUUGCUGUCUGCUUGGUUUUUUUCAACGAACGAAAGCUCCACCGAUAAAAAAGAAGCCGACAGCACUUCCACUCGAUGGCACGACAACGAACAGUUCCAGUGAUGAACACCAACGGAUCCUUCUUCGACAAGCCCAUCGUCAACAAACUCUCUAUCCCUCAUCAACAACGAAUUCAUUCAACGAAGAAAAUUUCUUAUCUCAACAAACAACGAUUCCGUUGAUACAUUCAAUACCCGAAGUGCCAUCUGCUGAUAACCAAGACAUCGAUGAAGAUGAAGAAGAUGAUGACUUAGUUCACAACAAUCUUGGAAAUCAAUCAGAUAUCGAAGAAGAAGCACGUUUUCCAGUCGAAUAUGAUGACGAUGAAUAUUCAUCGAAAAUGAAUGAACCUUUAGUAGAUGUAGAAUCUAUCAAUCAAUCAGUGAAACAUCGAGCAGCAACAAUGUCGACUGAUCAACGUAAACGUGAACUCGAAGAGAAACGGGCGAAAUUGGAAAAGAUGCGACAAGAGAAGAUGCUCAAGAACACUCCAACAACACCUAUGACCCCGGGUUUUGCUUCGAUACCAGCAACGACAUUAACAACAACACGAGAGGAUGCUGAUCCAGAUAAAAUUCUUAAAGAAGUUGGAAUCCUUCAAACAGCAUCACUUCCAGCUACGUCGCCCUCUGUUUCACCAGGGUCAGCCGGAGCAGCAUCCGCAUCGGCAUCGUCAUCGCAACAAAAGCGGCGACCUCCAAGUAGUAUCGCGUUACAAAUUUGUCAACAAACCACUGCAACGAUCAGUGUUCCUCCCAAGGAAUUAGUAACAUAUUCGAAAGAAGUUCAAACUAUCGAAUCAGGUGACAAAGAUCCUGCUGCAAGUCCCAUUCAACACGAGCAUUUACAAUGGGAUGAUGAAUUUCCCCAACCAACGGCUGGUGAGCGCAAUCAACUUGUUUAUGUUAGUGAUGAAGAUACGAUGAGUUUUGAUGAAAAUACCAAACCAUCGAUUGGUAUGUCAUUAGCGUCAGUGGCAAAAUUGGAGCGAACUCGAUCGUUAAAACAACAAAAUAAACAAUUUAGUUUACAAGGUCAAUCGUCAUUGGUAAAACAAGAAUUAACAAAUGAAGAACGUGAACAAAUUCAGAAAAGCGAACACUUUCAAGAUUUCUUUUCGCGCUCAGCUCGCAUUAUCGAACGAUCAUUGUGGGAGAGUCCACAAGCAUUUGAUAUAUUCAAAGAUUAUAGUGGAAGAGAAUCAGACGAACAAAAUGAAAAAAUGGAUGUUGGAGAAAUCAUUAAAUUCGAUCGAGAGUUUUUCGAUGAACGAUGGACACGUCAUCGUAUUGUCACUUGUAUUGAUACAUCAACUUAUCAUCCAGAAUUAGUUCUGGCAUCGUAUUCACAAAACGAUGAGUCGACGCACGAAUCUGAUGGUGUUGUACUUAUUUGGAAUACAAAAUUUAAAUCAAAACCAACUCCUGAAUAUGUGUUCAAUUGUCAAUCAUGGGUGACAUCUUGUGUUUUCAGUAAAUUUCAUCCAAACAUUCUCUUAGGUGGUACUUAUAGUGGCCAAAUCGUUGUUUGGGAUACUCGUACGAACAAACGCACGCCUGUACAACGAACUGCUCUCUCGGCAUCGUCUCAUACUCAUCCGGUGUAUUGUUUGCAAGUAAUAGGUACACAAAAUGCAAAUAACUUAAUCUCGAUAUCCAACGAAGGCAAAAUGUGUUCGUGGAAUAUUGAAAUGAUGACUCAACCACAAGAGAGUAUGGAUUUAGCAUACCGAACAAAACCUGUUGCAGCAACACGAAUGGUCUUUCCUGGUGUCGAAGUGAAUAACUUUGUCAUUGGUAGUGAAGAAGGUCAAGCUUAUUCCGGUUCCAGACAUGGAAAUAAAGCCGGAAUUCAAGAUAGUUACGAAGGACAUUUCGGCCCAAUUACAGGUCUUAGCUGUCACAAUGUCAAUGGCUCUGUUGAUUUCUCUCCCCUGUUCUUGACAUCUUCAUUUGAUUGGAGUGUAAAACUAUGGUCAUUGAAAGAAUCCAAACCGCUCAACUCAUUCGAAGUCAACAGCGAUUACGUUACUGAUGUACGCUGGUCACCAGUUCAUCCGAGUGUAUUCUUAACGUGUGAUAUAACUGGUCGUUUCGACAUUUGGAAUUUGAACCAUGAUUCUGAAUUACCCUUACUAAGUACAACAUUAGAUGGCAAUGUCGCGUUAAACAAAUGUCUAUGGUCACAUAAUGGUCAACAGAUCAUCUUAGGUGACGAUCAAGGUAAAUUACGUUUAUAUGAUGUCAAUGAAUUUCUUACCAAUCCAAAACAAGAUGAUUUUAAUAAGUUAAGUAGUACAUUACAAGAAUUUAAACGAAAUACACUUGAUGCAUUUGAUGAUAAUCAUCCGACAAAUGUUCCGACAGCGACAACAACAGCAACAACAAGUGCAACGUCGGUUAGUCACAAUUCGUAA